CCGCUAACGACGAUGUUAACGUGCAUAGCUCGUUCCAAGCAACCAGGUGAUGACUCACUGACUCAACCAGAGGAAAUCGAUUCGUCCAAUAAUCUUAGCACUAAGCACAACCAAGCCAUGAAGUCUCUCACAUCUCAGUUGAAGGACAUGGCGCUGAAGGCGUCGGGUGCGUACAAGCACUGCAGUCCCUGCACAGCGCAGACUCGGUUCAAUAACGCCGCGGGCGGCGGCUCCGACGCUGACUCGGAUCGUUCCAAGUGGUCGUACCGUAGGACAGGGAGUUCGAGGACAUGGGGGAAGGAGAUGGAAGAGAGGUUGAAAGGGAUAUCGAGCUCGAGCGGAGAAACGACGCCGAACUCGUUGAGCGGCCGCCGUGCCGAACCGAUCGUCUUCGUCGAAGAAAAUGAGCCUAACGAGUGGGUAGCUCAGGUCGAGCCUGGAGUACUCAUUACCUUCGUUUCGCUUCCCCGAGGCGGCAACGAUCUCAAGCGUAUACGCUUCAGUCGAGAAAUGUUUAACAAAUGGCAAGCUCAGAGUUGGUGGUCUGAGAACUAUGACAGGAUCAAGGAACUUUACAAUGUCCAGAGGUUAAACCGCAAUGCAUUCGCACUACCAACACCACCGAUAUCCGAAGACGAGAGCUCGAAAAUGGAAUCAGCAGAAGCAAGCCCUGUAACACCGCCAUUGAGUAGAGAACGAUUACCUCGUAACUUAUACCAUCCAACAGGGUUGAGUGUCGGAUACUCAUCCUCAGAUUCACUUGAUCAGAACCCGAUGCAGGCUCGGAAUUAUUGUGACUCUGGUGUUGCCUCAACUCCAAAAGUUUCAAGUAUGAGUGGUGCCAAGACAGAUAUAUCAUCGAUGGAUGCCUCUAUGAGUAGCUCAUCAAGAGAGGCUGAUCGCUCCGCAGAGCUUUCCAUGAGCAAUGCCAGUGAUCUCGAGACUGAAUGGGUCGAACAAGAUGAGCCAGGGGUUUACAUUACUAUCAAAGCCUUGCCAGGGGGCAAAAGGGAGCUUAGGCGAGUUAGAUUCAGCCGAGAAAGAUUUGGGGAGAUGCAUGCUAGACUGUGGUGGGAAGAGAACCGAGCCAGGAUCCAUGAACAGUACCUAUAAAUGAGGCUAUACAAU